AGUAGGCAGUAGCAAUGUCAGCCGCUAGGCUUGUAGGGAAGGUUGGGAGUGGUGAAUGUUACCUUAUGGCCGACGGCGAUAACGCCAGGGGUGUGAAUAUUUAAGGAGGCAUCACCCACCUCAUCGUCGUUCUCAUCGACUCCAAAACAUACAAGACACCAAGACACCACACCAAGACACCACCGCCACACACACCAUGACCAAAACCAUCCUCCUCACCGGCGCCAGCGGCUACGUCGGCGGCCACAUCAUCCGCGAGGCCCUCGCCCGCGGCUAUUCGGUCCGCGCCGUGGUCCGGACCGAGGCCUCAGGCACCAAAACCAAGGCCCAGUUCGCCGACGCCGGCCUGUCGUACGUCGUCAUCCCCGACAUCAGCACGGCGGACGCGUACGAGGGCAAGCUCGACGGCGUCACGGCCAUCAUCCACACCGCGUCGCCGUUCGUGCUCGCCCCCAAGGACAACGUCAAGGACCUGCUCGACCCGGCCGUCAAGGGCGCCGUCGCCGUGCUCGAAGCGGCCGGCCGGUUCGGCACGUCCGCCCUCAAGCGUGUCGUCUUCACGUCGAGCUUCGCCGCCGUCGGCAACUUUGGCGCUCCCGACUACCAGCCCGGCCGCGUGUUCACCGAGGCCGACUGGAACCCAGCCACGUGGGACGAGGCCGCCGCGACCACCAACGGCUCUUUUGCCUACUGCGCCUCCAAGGCCUUUGCCGAGCGCGCCAUGUGGGACUGGAUGAAGGAGCACCCUUCCGUCGCCUUUGACCUCGUGUCGCUGAACCCGGCCUGGAUCUUUGGGCCGUACGUCACGGACCCGGCCGGCAUCGAGCAGCUGGGCGAAUCGUCCAAGGCCGUGUACGCGGUGCUGGGGUCCGACAAGGUGCAGGACCCGGACUUUUGCGGGUGCGCCGACGUGCGCGACGUGGCCGACGCGCACCUGGCGGCGCUCGAGACGCCGGCCGCCGGCGGGAGGCGCUUCAUCCUCUCGCACGCUUUCAACUGGCAGCGGGCCGCUGACGCGUCGCGCGAGGCCGUGCCCGAGCUGCGCGGCAGGAUCCCUGAGGGCACGCCGGGCAGCUGGCCCGAGACGUACACCGUCGACGGGGGGCGGGCGGUCGAGGUGCUCGGUAUCAGGUACCGGCCGCUGACGGAGACGUUUGGGGAUGCGUACAGGCAGCUGGUGCGAGUUGAAGGGCUUAGCUAGGCAGUAGCUUCGACUUGAAUAGAGAUUGCGGCAUCGCUUGCCUCCUUGU